UUCCGGUCGAAGUUCAGAGUUCUGAUAUAGAAUUAACAGUUUUGUGAUAUUAUCAAGAAUUUUUGUGGGAGCAGCUGGUCCUUGACGAAGAACCGUGUAUCUAAAGAGUUUCACCAUCGAAGAGCCGAAAAGUCUAAGCUUUUGGUACGUUUACCUUCGAAUAGUCUUCAGCACAAUCAGGUCACUGUCCUGCAACUUUCCUUAAGGUUGGACUCUUCGACGAAGAAGGCAGCAACAACUACUACGGCCUGUCUGGGCGUAUGUAUGCGAAUUUACAGCCUCUCUGGGCGUAUAUAUGCGUAUUUAUGGCUUGUCUGGGCGUAUUUAUGCGAAUUUAAGGAGCGUACUAUAUGCCGUUUCGAUAAGUGGCUUUGAUUACCAGUUGGUUCUCAGAGUAUGUAACAGUUGUAACUGGGGAAUAUAGGUUUAAGAAAAUUAAGGUGUUUGCUUAAGACUUUUUUUAAUUUUUAUAUAAAAUUUCCCCCAAGUUUUGAAAAGGUUUUUGUAUAGUAUAGAUCACCUUAUGGCCCUUCCCCUUUUGGGUCUUUGGAACUGCGGAUCACAGUAAAUUUGUUGCUUCAUUUGGAUACUACAAUUAGGUUAAAAAUGAAGAUAUAUUGCCCUUUAUCCUCCCCAUAACUUUGUUUUUACGAGAACUACGAUUUGGCGGUAUUCACUCUCUUGUAGAGGAGGUCUAAGUUCUUACUCUUGGGGAAGAUAUGUUAUCCCCAAAGUAAAACAACACUUCUGCUCGGCAUUGUUAGAUCACUAAGGCCGACUUUCUCUUAUUUGGGGCAAUGGACUCGUGAUAUUUCUCUAAAUCUUACAAAAGCAAAGGAGGCCCUAACAUACAUUUGACUAGAGACUUGUCUAACUGCUAGUCAGAGUUCGGUUUCCUUCAAUGUAAUUUAAAUUUGUCUACAUAACAUGACAAACAAGAUAAUAGUUUAAUAAUUUUGACAUGUUCCACGUAUCAAUAGAGUCGUAACUUCACCAUAGUGACCUCAAAAUUCAAAAGAAAUCAAAUUUAGAAACUAGAAGUUGGGAUUUGCCACGUCAUUCAGGAAGGGGGUCAGUGUGAAGUGGCUACGACCACUAAAAAAAAAAAAAAGUCCCUAAAGUUUAGCACUUUUUCUCUUACAAAAUUCCAACAUUUGUCCCCAACGGUCUUCACAGUUCCCCGCCAAUUUCGCUUCCUCUCUUCAAUCUUUUCUUUUACUCAGUCUCUCCCAGCUUCCAGUAAAUCCGCACAUUUCCAGACCUUUUCAGAUCCAAAAAAAUGUUCCCCAUAUCACCACUUCCAUUUCUCCUCCCCCUCCUCCUCCUCCAACUCACCGCCACUCUCCUCCUCAUCCUCUUCAAUCUCAACCACUGCAUCACUCUCCUCUCCAACUGCUUUCGAGGUUUUUCGCCUUUCCGGCUCUCUGAUUGGUUCCAAUCUCAUUUUGGGAUCGAAAAAAUGACCCUGAAGGGCACCACCAGCCAGGCCUGCGCCGCGUGCAAGUACCAGCGAAGGAAGUGCAGGGCGGAGUGCCCCUUGGCUCCCUAUUUCCCGCCGGACCAACCCAAAAUGUUCCAAAACGCACACAAGCUUUUCGGAGUCAGCAACAUUUUGAAAAUACUUAAAAAUCUCGAACCUCGCCAGAAGCUAGAGGCCAUGAGGUCCAUCAUAUACCAAGCUAACGUGCGCGACAAGUUUCCGGUCUACGGGUGCUGGGAGGUGAUCUGGCAGAUCCAGUACCAAAUCCUCGUGGCGGAGGAAGAGCUCCAAGCCGUUCAUCAACAGCUGGCAGUGUACAGACAGCACCACCAGCACCAGCACCAGAUUUUGUCCAUGCCGGAAUACGUGACGUCACACUUAGAGCUAGGGAUGGCUCCGCCCAACAAUCCCCUCCCACUUUUCAAUCACAAUCCUCCCCCUUAUAAUCACAAUAAUAACAACAAUGCCACCGCGGUGGCUCCUAUAGAUCAGCACCAACAGCAGUCUUACUCUAACAGCAGUGAUGCUGCCUACAGCUCUGCUGCUUAUAAUAUUGACUCCAAAGACAACAUCAUCAACAACAACACCAACAACAACAAUAAUAAUGAUGCUGGAAAUCAGAUGUGGAUUUCGAAUCCUUUUAUGACUAACAACAGCAACAACAACAAUAAUAAUUCCGAGGCGAUUCAAUCCGAACUCGGAGUUCUUCAGCCGCUCUCUAUCCAACCUGAAGUUGUUCAAGAUUACGAUGAGUUGCAUCCGUUCUUUGACACCAUCGAUGAUAGACAGUCAUACAUUGAUUCCAAAGAGGCUUAUGAUUCUAGCUCGGAAGAAUCGUUCAAGGACACAACACGGUCCAUGGAGCAUGCAGAGAAUGCAUUGAAGAACGCUGCAGCAUGCUUUAGUCUAACCAGUGUCAACUGAUGAUCAGUAAGCAUAAACUAGAUAAAGCAGUGUGGUUGUUGUUCUUCUAUUAUUCAUUUAACUCUGUGUUAUGAAUUUGAUUAUUCACACAAGAAACCAACAAUUUUGUUUUCUUCUUUUUGUUUUUGUUAAUAAAAAC